AUGACACGUUCCGACCGAGUUGAAAACUGCAGCUUCGAUUGGAUGAAAUCUCCUCACCCCGGUAAUUUCCCUGCAUUCUCUCUGGCAGAGGACAGGUUAAACAUGGCGUCGUCCCUGAGGUGCUUUCUCCGUACAGGAAAGAAUGCCGUGUCGACUCUGCGGCGGGAAUUUCACAGAAGUGUUCCGGCCGCCGUGCAGGUGACGGUCCGUGAUGCUCUGAACCAGGCGAUGGACGAAGAGCUGGAGAGGGACGAGCGUGUGUUCCUGUUAGGUGAGGAGGUUGCCCAGUAUGAUGGAGCCUACAAGGUGAGCAGGGGUCUGUGGAAGAAGUAUGGAGACCAACGCAUCAUCGACACUCCGAUCUCCGAGAUGGGUUUUGCUGGCAUCGCUGUGGGAGCUGCCAUGGCUGGCCUGAGACCCAUCUGUGAGUUCAUGACAUUUAACUUCUCCAUGCAAGCCAUUGACCAGGUCAUCAACUCUGCGGCAAAGACGUACUACAUGUCAGCCGGGCUGCAGCCGGUACCCAUCGUCUUCAGAGGACCCAACGGAGCGUCGGCUGGUGUUGCUGCACAGCACUCGCAGUGCUUCGCUGCAUGGUACAGUCACUGUCCAGGGCUGAAGGUUGUGAGUCCGUGGAACUCAGAAGAUGCCAAAGGUCUCUUGAAAUCAGCCAUCAGAGAUGACAACCCUGUGGUGUUCCUGGAGAACGAGCUGAUGUACGGUGUUCCCUUUGAGAUGUCGGAGGAAUCACAGUCCAAAGACUUCACCAUUCCCAUCGGCAAGGCCAAGGUUGAGAGACAAGGAACUCAUGUCACUUUGGUCAGUCACUCUCGGUUCGUCAGUCACUGCCUGGAUGCUGCUGCUGUCCUCGCCAAGGAGGGAAUCGAGUGUGAGGUGAUCAACCUGCGGACCAUCCGUCCUAUGGAUGUGGAGAGUAUUGAGACCAGCGUGAUGAAGACCAACCACCUGGUGACAGUGGAGGGCGGCUGGCCUCAGUUUGGGGUUGGAGCUGAGAUAUGCGCCAGGAUCAUGGAAGGUCCUGCCUUCAACUACCUGGACUCUCCGGUCACCAGGGUGACGGGCGUCGACAUCCCCAUGCCGUACGCCAAAAUCCUGGAGGACAACAGCUUGCCACAGAUUAAAGACAUCAUGUUCUCCGUCAAAAAGACCCUCAACAUCUGAGAGACACACACACAGGACAAGCCCACCUCAAUCCUCUUUUGUCUCGUUCACACAGACGGUGGUAAAACAUUUUAACCACGUGUAAAUACAAUCAAACAGGUCCUUUAAAAAAAAAAAAAAAAAAAACCCUCCAGAUUUAUGUUUCCAACCAGAUGUUGGUCAGUGAAGCGCACAGCUGUUUUCUCUGCCCCCAGAGUGGUGGACACACAGAGUGCGGUCAACUCGCCACCUCUGUUAGUCAGUCAGACUUGACCGAACUCUGUGUGUGACUCUGGCUGCUAUUUCCACUUCCUCCUCUUCAAAAUAAAAGUUGCUCUAUCCUGUAGGCCUUUAUGUGGUUGUAUGUUAAGUCACAAUGAAACUGCUGAGUGAGCACUACAAAAAUGUUAGGAUUUGAUCAGUCUGCAGCGUUUUACUCGGGCCAAGAUAUUUAUUUGAUAGUGAUGCCAAACCUUUUUUUUUUUUUGUAACUUUUGUCAAAUUAAGGUUAAAACCUAUUCCAAAAUACUCUAAUAUAAACAAUAUUCCACCAGAAUAAAUAUUGACAAAAAUACUGAAAAAACAUCUGGUGAAAACAGACUGAUGUCACAUUGAGUAAAAAGAGUCUCAAAUUUACACUUACAAUUGACCAAUUAAAACUUAAUUUUUGCUCUCAGUAGUUUUGCUGUUAUAAUAAAGUCAAACAUAUUUCUAACCAUCAAAACCUAACUGUAUUCUUUCUAGUAACUUAAUUCCUUGGACUGACUCUGACAAAACAUUGAACCAGAGGGGUGCUGUAGGUGAAGUGUGGUCGGGAAUAUUUAUUGUAGCUGCAGCAGCUCUGUUGGAUGUUUUUGUUGCUGUAAAUGACUCUGUUACAGAAAUAAAAACCUUUCAGUCCCCCAUGCUGCUUUACACUGUAA